AUUCUAUAACAUGAAAGUUUUGAACUCGGCCACCUUUCAGGUUUAUUCUUUAAAAUAUCUGUGUCAUUCUGUGGAUUCCAUGACCCUCCACCUGCCUUUUCUCACUUUUUACCUUUUAAGCCCACUCUCCAUCUCUCCAGAGGAAAGGGCAUUAAGAGUAGCGGGAGCAAGUCCGUUUCACUAAAGCAGCCUGAUUUGAAAAAGAUGAUUUCUGAACUGUGUCUUCCACAGACAAGAAAAACUCCCUCUGAACCACCUUUUUCUCCUUGUGAUAGCAGCAGACACCAAACAGCAACAGCCGUUGGAGAGAGGCUAAAUUUUUCUUGACUUCUGCAGCGACAAAGACCUUGAAAAAGUUGGUACUUCUGACCUACACCGCUGUCAUCCUACUGCUCACCCCAAGACAACCCAGGCUGGACAUUAGUGCCUCCCUCUUUACUACUCUGUGAUUAUCCAGAUCAGCGCUUGACUGUUUAUUUUCAAAUCUCAAAAACUCAGCCCCCAGAUCUUCAUAUUCUGGUUCUCAGCUGCUCUUGAAGGAUUGACUUGUUACCACCACAACAGCAGAGUCUGCCAUCCCCAGCAGUUCUCCAGUUGCUCCUGACAUCGGCCUCCUGUCUCCCUUUGUGGCCUCCUAAAUGCCCAUCGCAUUGGCCUGGGUUCAGCUGGUGGUAUGGAGGGGUGCUGCCUAGCACUGACCUGAGAGUGUGUGUGACCCAUUGACCCAAUGGACAUCAAAGGCCAGUUCUGGAAUGAUGAUGAUUCGGAGGGAGAUAAUGAAUCAGAGGAAUUUCUCUAUGGAGUUCAGGGGAGCUGUGCAGCUGACCUGUAUCGACACCCACAACUUGAUGCAGACAUUGAAGCCGUGAAGGAGAUCUACAGUGAGAACUCUGUAUCCAUCAGAGAAUAUGGAACUAUCGAUGACGUGGACAUUGACCUCCACAUCAACAUCAGCUUCCUCGAUGAGGAAGUCUCUACAGCCUGGAAGGUCCUCCGGACAGAACCCAUUGUGCUGAGGCUGCGAUUUUCUCUCUCCCAAUACCUUGAUGGACCAGAACCAUCAAUUGAGGUUUUCCAGCCAUCGAAUAAGGAAGGGUUUGGGCUGGGUCUUCAGUUGAAAAAGAUCCUGGGUAUGUUCACAUCCCAACAAUGGAAACAUCUGAGCAACGAUUUCUUGAAGACCCAGCAGGAGAAGAGGCACAGUUGGUUCAAGGCAAGUGGCACUAUCAAGAAGUUCCGAGCUGGCCUCAGCAUCUUCUCACCCAUCCCCAAGUCUCCCAGUUUCCCUAUCAUACAGGACUCCAUGCUGAAAGGCAAACUGGGUGUGCCAGAGCUUCGCGUUGGGCGCCUCAUGAACCGUUCCAUCUCCUGCACCAUGAAGAACCCCAAAGUGGAGGUGUUUGGCUACCCUCCCAGUCCCCAGGCAGGUCUCCUGUGCCCCCAGCACGUGGGCCUCCCUCCCCCAGCACGGACCUCUCCUUUGGUCAGUGGUCACUGCAAGAACAUCCCCACUCUGGAGUAUGGAUUCCUCGUCCAGAUCAUGAAGUAUGCAGAGCAGAGGAUUCCAACAUUGAAUGAGUACUGUGUGGUGUGUGAUGAGCAGCAUGUCUUCCAGAAUGGUUCCAUGCUCAAGCCAGCUGUCUGCACUCGUGAGCUGUGCGUCUUCUCCUUCUACACACUGGGCGUCAUGUCUGGAGCUGCAGAAGAGGUGGCUACCGGAGCAGAGGUGGUGGAUCUGCUGGUGGCCAUGUGUAGGGCAGCGUUGGAGUCCCCUAGAAAGAGCAUCAUCUUUGAGCCUUAUCCCUCUGUGGUGGACCCCACUGAUCCCAAGACUCUGGCCUUUAACCCUAAGAAGAAGAAUUAUGAGCGGCUUCAGAAAGCUCUGGAUAGUGUGAUGUCCAUUCGGGAGAUGACCCAGGGCUCAUAUUUGGAAAUCAAGAAGCAGAUGGACAAGUUGGAUCCCCUGGCCCAUCCUCUCCUGCAGUGGAUCAUCUCUAGCAACAGGUCACACAUUGUCAAACUACCUCUCAGCAGGCAGCUGAAGUUCAUGCACACCUCACACCAGUUCCUCCUGCUGAGCAGCCCUCCUGCCAAGGAGGCUCGGUUCCGGACCGCCAAGAAGCUCUACGGCAGCACCUUUGCCUUCCAUGGGUCCCACAUCGAGAACUGGCAUUCGAUCCUGCGCAACGGGCUGGUCAAUGCGUCCUACACCAAACUGCAGCUGCAUGGAGCAGCCUAUGGCAAAGGCAUCUACCUGAGCCCCAUCUCCAGUAUUUCCUUUGGAUACUCAGGAAUGGGAAAAGGACAGCACAGGAUGCCCUCGAAGGAUGAGCUGGUCCAGAGAUACAACAGGAUGAAUACCAUCCCCCAGACCCGAUCCAUUCAGUCAAGGUUCCUGCAGAGUCGGAAUCUAAACUGUAUAGCACUUUGUGAAGUGAUUACAUCCAAGGACCUCCAGAAGCAUGGGAACAUCUGGGUGUGCCCUGUAUCUGACCAUGUCUGCACACGGUUCUUCUUUGUAUAUGAGGAUGGUCAGGUGGGCGAUGCCAACAUAAAUACUCAGGACCCCAAGAUACAGAAGGAAAUCAUGCGUGUGAUCGGAACUCAGGUUUACACAAACUGAGGGGGCCCCAGCCCUCGUACCACCCCUGUUCCCCCAGGAUCCAUCUGCCCUCUUAAAAGGGCUCAGGUGCAGCAGGUGAGGCUGCCCUGAGGAAUUAAGGGACCGUUACCAAGGGGGCAAGAAAAAGAAGAGGUGGCCUUCAUAGUGGAACUUGACCCAGGAACCACUCUACGUUUGGAUGGCCCAGACUGACUCCAACCCCUGAUUUUCCCAGUUGACUUCACCCUGUUUGUAAAUAAAACAAUAAAAUGGAAGGUGCUGUGGACUGGA